AUGCCGACAACAGUGACGUCCAACUCCCAGAGGCAGUCAAUGCCGACCGAAAAGUAUAGUGAGAAGAAGAACAAGAGUACAGAAAAGACGAAAAAAGAAUCAAACAAGAAUAAGGAGAGCAAGAAGAAAAAGAAGCGAAAAGACGAAGUUUACGGAGAGAACAGCAGUGAUGAGAAUUUGGAGUACGGAGGGGGUCGAUAUGGCGAAUCUUCAGGGGAGAAGAAAUCAACGGAAGAGAUCAAUGUGCAGUCAUCAUCGUCGUCUCCCAAAAAGACAGACAAGAAGGCGAAAACGGAAAAAGAUACACACAAGAAGAGCAACAAAAAAGGGAAAAAAAGAAAAAAAGGCGGCGGGAAAAAGGGGAAUAGGAAAAAGGGGAACAGGUAUGAGAACAACAUGUAUGGGGACUCAGAUGAGGAGGGAGGAGGGGGCUAUGGCGAUGAAGGGGGAGCAGGGUAUGGGGAUGAUGUCAGUGAUGAGGGUCCCCAGGAGUACAAGGCACCGGAGAGCAGUACGAUAGAGAGCGAGCAAGAAUAUAUAGAAAAGUCGAAAAAGAAGAAAAACAAGAAAAAAGAGAACAAACAAAAGAAGAAGAAAGGAAAGGGCAAGGGAAAAGGAGGGAAGAAGAAGAAGAAAGGGAAGAAGAGCUCGGAGAGUUCAUCUGAGUCCAGUUCCAGUUCGGACGGGGACGAAGGAAAAGAGAGUAGCCAGGAACAGCAGGACUACGAGAUACCGGCGGACGAGGACUCGCAGGCAUUCUACAAGGGGGAUAAUUACAAGAAAAAGAAAUCUAGUAAGAGUCAGAAGCAUGCCAAGGCCAAGUCUAAAAAGAGUAAAAAGAAAGGAAGGGAGAAACUAGAAAACAGAUAUUCCACUUCGGGCAGCCGACAUUACGAAAUAGACUCGGAGGGAAACAAGGUCUACAACGAGUUCUACGGAACAGAGGCGGCUCCGAGCAAACAUAAGACUACGUCAACGGAGUCCGAGCCAUCGGAACUUUCGGAGGCUCUUUUCUUUAUUUUUACACCUCACUCCCACCACUCCGUCGACUCGCCUCAAGACUCAGUGUACGGAACAGUGUAUGGAGACGCCAGUCAACACCAUCAGAAUGGGGAAAUGGAGAGGAGUAGACAGAAGAUGCCCACAACGGAAACCUCCCGGAUGAGUUCAAAGGGUGGGCCAGCUGACGGAGUGAGCAGGCCGCCAGACGAGGAGUCGGAUGACAGACAUGAUCCGAUCCACAAAAACUGUAUUCGAAUAGAUGACUACGAGUCGCCUUUUAUUCACCGACCACUGCGUCAUGCAUUCGGCUACAACCACCCCCCUGGGUCCCGCCCAUUCUUCCCCUGCAGCUUCAAACUCAUCAUGCGCCAGAAGAUCAAAGACAGAGAGGCGGAGAGGGAGAAAGAGCGGGAAAAAGAGCGGGAAAAAGAGAAGGAGGAGGAGGGGGGUGGAGGAACUACAGGGGGGAAGGACACCACCAGAAAGGGAUCGAAUAAUUUUUUUGAAACAAAAUCGAAAGACAAAGAACAAGAAAAUAAGAAGUACGAGAUCUAUGUGCCGACAGCAUGUAUAGCGGUGGACUACAUACACUGUCGGAAUGAAGUGUGCCAAGUUCUCAUCACAACGCAGUGCUACACCUCGAAGCUACUGCAGGUGAAGAUUCUGGACGAAGACAUGCAGUGUGAAUACUGUCUGGACACUUCCACGAUCACUCAGAGGAAGCCGUGGGAGAUAUCUGCCAAUCGGCAAAUCAUAGUUGUCAAUGUCCGACACGAAAAAGGGCGCCUUUUCAUUAUCCAAAUUCACUGCACGGUCAUCAAUAAGCGACAACGUGAAAUUUAA